UUAUGGAUGAAAUGUAGAUGAAUGCGGAGUAGGCUCAAAUGCGUCUGUGCAUCUUCUUGUUUUCAAUUGUCUAGAUGUUGUCUGAAGUAUUAGCGGAAGUGUUGAAUGCUAUUUUUGAAUUUCGAUCACGAUGAUGAUGGACUUAGUUGCUAUUUGGAAUUAGCUUUCGGAUUUUAGAUUUAUUCCUCCUUCGAAUUAGGGUAAAUUGCAGUCAAACCCCUCAUUUUUACCCACUUGUCACCGCUCAACUCAUUUAUUAGUACUUAUUACCUCUAAAUUAUUGAGGAAAAGGUGGUUAUAUGCAAUUAAUUAUGUGAAAAGUGUCAAUGCAAGGGUGAUAAAUGGUGAUAGAAGAUUUGAGGGUGAUAAGUGUCACUGAUAGAGAAGAUGGGUUGUCUACAAUUACCCUACUAAUUAUGUUGUAUCAGCUAUCAGUUUUGGGGUGAUAAAGGGUUCUUGAUGAGAUAUUGAUAAAUGCUAAGUACAUUUGAAUGGACUGGGAUCAUCUUCUUGUUCUCUAUCUUGAUAUUGUGUGAAAUGUUGUUUAAGAAGUUUUAGGAUUAAUGACGAGCUUAGUGUUAUUUGAAGAGCAGUGCUAAAUGGUAGUACUUGAUACUGAUAUUGACAAUGAAAUGGUUUUGGUCAACUUUGAUCAAUGUAGGACGAGACCUUGAAGAUUGUAACAAAACUUGAACUUGAUUGUUUUUGUAUAUUUAUUUGUCUUUCUAAUUGAGUUGGUGGUGAUGAGGAUGAUGAGGACAGUAAUUAUAGAGGAUGGACAAGAUGAUGAGGACAAUAUAUUUAUCUGUCGUCCAGAGAGGAGCAAGCUUGCACAGCAUCGAUGUCUCAUCCCUGAGAACAAGCACGGCUUCUACUCGAGAAGGUACAGAACGUACUCGUUUGCAAACUUCCAAUCAAGCAUGCCAAAAUUCAGUAGCAGAUGGACUGAAUUCUAGUAGUAUUGGUGUCACCAUACAACGAACUACUACUCGUAAGUGGUGUUGAAUUGAGCUGAAUUCAGUUAAAUUGAGCUGAAUUGAAUUAUUUUCCUCUAAAAGGGAUUAGAGUUAGUGCACGUCUUCAGCAACAAAGUGCUAAUGAUCAGCCAGUGGUAAACGCCAUAGCUGAAGAGCGAGAUGAUAAUGUGAUGUCAGAUAUUAAUUAGGAGCCUCCUCCAGGUACAACCAAAAAGGUGCGAGGGAAUACGAGAGGAGUGAAUGCAGAUAAGGUGUUCUCCCAAUUGAAUUCUAAAAUACCUGUGACUCUGACUGAAGAAAAUGGCAGACCUACGGGCCCUUAUGUAGAGAUGUUUGCAAAUGAAAUUGGUUACACAAUUCGAAACUACGUCUAACUGGAGGCAAUUGAAAACAAACAUGAAGCUGUCAAGACUCAGGAAGAAUGAGAGUUUCUUUGCACUCAUUUUUCUAGUGAAAAGUUUAAGGUCAAAGUUGACAUAUCACCACAAAGUUGGGUCAAAAUCAUUUAUUUCACACCAAGAGCAAAUUGUAGCACAGACUGGAGAGAUGCAAGGUGCAAUUGAUCGUUUUGAAACAGAGUAUAGAAGCACAAAAAAAGGAUGGGACUUGGGAGCAAAGGAAAAAUGGGAUCAAAUGAUAAAGAUGCGAGCAGAUACUACUCAACCUGAUGGAACUCGAACAAUAGCAGAUGAGGAAAUUUGUGCAAAAGUUCUGAAAGUCAAAUCAGGCUACAUUAAGGGCUGUGGUUUUGGCCCUAGACCACCACCAUUAAGGUUCUCUCGUUCUUCGAUGAGUGAAAUGUCUGAAAAGAAUAAAGAGUUGCAAGAACAGUUUCAAGAGACCCAACAACUUGUAGGAACUCAACAACAAAAGAUCGAUGCGCAAAAUGAGGUAAUCCAAAGAUUGGAGGAGCAAGCCAAAAAGUUUGAGGAGUUUAUGGCUAAUUUUUCCAGGCAACAUCCAUCAGCUUAGUAUUCUUAGUGAACUUAAACUUGGAGAAAUGUUUCUUUGAUCAUGUUGUAUUUGUUAUUGCUUUAGACUAGCAUUGUUACUUAUGGUAGAAACUUGUUUGCUUUAUUUAUUUUAAUUGUUUUGAUGUAUUGUGGUGACAAUUGAUGACAAUUAUUUAUAUUUUGAGCGUUU